AUGGUGAAUUUUAACUUGAGUGGAGUAGGGGUUUUCAAAAAGAAGGAUCAUGUACAGAAGGAUGCUGACAUACCAGAGGAAGAUGAUGUUGAUGCUUCAGAAUUUGAGGAAGAUGAGGUUUCACCUAAGCUAGUAAAGAAUAGAAGGCCCUUGGAUACACCCUUUGCACAGCAACGAUUGGCAUCUUGGAAUCCGGUGCCUACCCCCAGGUCUGUCAUACCACUGUACCUGUUUGUAGCGGCGAUCUUCGUUAUCGUGGCUGGGUGCCUUUUAUCAGUGGCUUCUAAGGUCAGUGAACUCACUAUAUACUAUCAAGACUGCACUACCGGCGCUCCGAGCGGCGGUGAGUGGGCGGAUAUGCCAGCAGAUCACUAUUCGAUGAUUUUCGUUAAGAACAAAACAUUUAGCGUGGCACCCCAAUGGAGAUACGUGGCAGAUCCCGAGGAUGAUGACCAGGAGAGCGGAACUUGUCAGAUUCGGUUCACCACGCCGCAGGAUAUCCCCAAGGACGUCUACGUGAACUAUCUGAUCGAGAAUUUUGCAGCAAACCAUAGAAGAUACGUCCUGUCGUUCAGUGAAGACCAGAUCAGAGGCAAGAGCGCCUCUCGUGCUGAUAUCCAGGAUAACACUGGUAUCAAUUGCAAGGUUCUGGGUCAUAAUGAUGAGGGCAAACUGUAUUAUCCUUGUGGUCUGAUAGCCAACUCAAUGUUUAACGACACUUUUCCCUUUCAGCUCACGAACGUCAGCGAUCCUUCAAACAAUUACUCUUUGAGCAACUCCAAUAUUAACUGGCAUACCGAUAGGACGCGGUUCAAGAAAACAAAGUAUAAGCCCGAGGAUAUUGUCCCACCACCUUUCUGGGAACGCCAAUUUCCAAAUGGAUACAACGAGACGAACAUUCCCAAUAUCCACGAAUGGGAGGAGUUCCAAAACUGGAUGAGGCCAGCAGCACUUCACAAGUUUGCCAAGUUGAUACGUCGAAACUCCAACGAAAGCCUCCCAGCCGGCGAAUACCAGAUUGACAUUGGGCUUCAUUGGCCCGUGCUAAUGUACAACGGUAAGAAAGCCGUAUAUAUUACGCACGGUUCAAGCAUAGGAAGCAGGAAUUACUUUCUCGGCAUCGCAUACCUGAUUGGCGGAUGUAUUCUCGCCGCAUUUGCUCUCAUGCUGCUGGGCUUUUGGUUAUUAUCUGGAAGGAAAAUUGCAGACCCUUCUUACCUUUCAUGGAACCGGAGUUAA